GUCUGUCUGAGAAUCAGUCAGUGUUAUGAAUCUAGUACUCAGUAGACUGUUAAGAAGUCCAAUGUUCUGGCUGACUUUAAUCCCGGUCCUGCUGCACCUCACCCGGGGAAACAGUCCAUGUUUUGGCCGUUCUCUGGGGAUCAGCCCAUGCAGGACUCAGUUCUUCACAGAGGAGAGUUUCACGUUAUACUGCAGAGCUGAUGAGCGUAUAAUGCCUAAUUCAGAUACUUGCUCUCAGAGGAGACAUGAAUGUGUUCUUCAACUGGUUCGAGAAUAUCAAAGCGGCACUUACUGGUGUCAGUCUAACUCUGGAGAACGAGGGGAAGUGGUCAACAUAACAGUGACUGCAGGGUCUGUGAUCCUAGAGAGUCCUGUCCACCCUGUACCAGAAGGAAGUCCUGUUACACUUCGCUGCCUGACGUCCCACAAGUCCAGUCACCAGCUGGGUGUUGUGACCCCAAUAAACCAGUCCUGUACCUUCUCCAGAGAUGGGCUGCUCAUUGGGGUCGGUUUGACGGGAGAGAUGAGUUUUGCUGCUGUCAACAGAUCUCAUGAAGGCCUCUACACGUGUACCUUCUCUGGUGUUGAGUCUCCAGGGAGCUGGCUGGCUGUCAGAGGUGAGCUCUGUUUGGUCUCCACAUGGUGA